AUGGAUGAUUCAAUCCUAAAAUUAGCAGUCAUUUGGUUAGCCUUCAUUCUCUUUGUUGUCUUCCCCCCCGAAAACCAACCUUCCAUUGAUCCACUUGAACAAAAUGCUGUCUACCGUCUUCUCAACUCCCUCAACCCAACCCUUCCUUGGACCACUCUCUACCCUAACGACCUCUGUAUCUCACCCCCACACUUCCUCCUCUGCGACUCUCAAUCACACAUUGUUGCAAUCACUUCCCCACCUUGUUCCCCUAACGCCACUCUCAACGAUCCUCUCCUCUUCACUCCUUUCACCCACCUCCGCAAACUCACCUUCUCCAAAUGCUUCAACAACUCACUCAACCCCAUUCACUCCCUUCCAUCUCUCCCUCCAUCUCUCCAACAACUCAUCCUCAUCGACAACCCGUCUAUCCUCUCGCCUCUUCAGCCUUUCCUCCACAACCUCACCUCUCUGAAGAAACUCGUCUUGACCGGAAACGGUUUCCACGGCCAACUCCCGCCGCAGAUAGGUCUCUUUCCUAAUCUCGUAGAGCUUAAUCUUUCCAGAAACAAUCUCUCCGGUGAACUUCCGGCGACUAUCGGAAGGCUGAAGAAACUCAAGAUUCUUGAUCUCAGUGGCAACGACUUUAAAGGAAGUGUCCCCGAACAGGUUGGAAAUCUCGUUUCUCUUUCGAAACUUAACUUGAGUCACAACGAGUUUACCGGUAAAAUACCAGAGAGUUUUAUUCAGUUGAAAAACAUCAAGUAUUUUGAUCUAAGCUUCAACCGUUUUGGUAAAUUCGGUGUCCCUUUGUUCUUAUCUGAGUUUACCAAAAUGAAGGAAGUUUAUCUAAGCGGGAAUAAACUCUCCGGUGAGAUUCCGGAAAUAUGGGAAAAACUUGAUCGUCUUGAGAAAAUAGGGUUUUCUGAUAUGGAUUUGGUUGGUAAAAUCCCAGUUUCAAUGUUUUUUUAUUUGGAAAAUCUGUCUUAUCUUGCCCUUGAUAACAACAACCUUCACGGUCGUAUUCCUGAUGGAUUUUGGUAUCUUGCGCCAUAUGUGGAGGAGAUCAACUUGGAGAAUAACAAUUUGAGUCAGACAAUGGCACUCACCUGUGGAGCAGAAAUUAUGCUGAACAAGUUGAAGUUGGCAGGGAAUGUUGGGAUGCGUUUGAAAAUCAGCAAUCGUGGGUGUUCUUCUUGUCCUAAAUAUGGAUGUGGAGGUGUCUACGGUAGCUACAAAAGAACUGAUGAAUGGUGA